AUGGCGGCCACCGCCGCCCAGCCAGGUCCGCUCCCUCGUUGCGCAAUCCGCUUCCUCCGCCUCCGCAGCACCCAAACCUCAAACCUCGCCAUCCCCACGCGCACUGCGGCGCCCGCGCGCCUCCGCUGCCACCUUUCCCACUCCAGUGACUCCACCUCAACCCCAACCCCGGCCCUCACCACCUCCGACCCAGAGCGAGACCCCGACCAUGAAUCCGAAUCCGAAGAUACCCUACGCUUCGCCUUCGCGUGUGGUGGCGCGGGCGCCGGUGGCCGUGUCUACUCCGCCAUCGCGCUCGCCGACGAGCUCCACGCCUCGCUGCCGUCCUCUCGCUCCCUCAUCCUCGGCGCGCCCGCCCCGUCCUUAGAGUCAUCAGCUGCCGCCGCGGCCUCCUACCCGUUCGCUCCCGUCCCGCUGCGCUGCCUCCCGCGCGGGAUCCUCGCCGCGGCGCUGCACCUCCGCCGAUUCCGCCCACACGUCCUUGUUGCUACAGGAGGCGCUCCCGCGCUACCGGCCUGCCUCGCUGCGCUCAUGCUCCGCCUCCCCUUCGUGAUACAGGACCAGGACGCCUAUCCGGCUCCCGCCACCCGCCUUCUCGCUCCCUUCGCCCGCCGCGUUUUCCUCGCCUUCAACGCUCCCGUGCGACUCCUCCCCAAACGCAGGUGCGCCGUCUACGGGAACCCCGUCCGCAUGUCCAUCCUCAAGUGCAGCGCAUCCAAGACUGAGGCGUUGGCGCGUUUCUUCCCGAGAGCGGGGUUGUUGGGUGAACACGAGGCGCAGGUCGUGCUCGUGCUUGGGGGAGCGGAGGGGUCGCCAGAGAUCAAUGUGGCGGUGCUCAACGUCUAUUACGAGAUUCUGAGGAGUAAAGAUCGGUACAUUAUAUGGCAGACGGGGACGGAGACUUUCUGCGAGAUGGAGAGCCUCGUCAGGGGCCAUCGCCGGCUUUUUCUUACCCCGUUCUUGCAUGAACUGGAAAUGGCAUAUGCUGCCUCUGAUGUUGUAAUUUCUCGAGCUGGUGCAAUGACGUGCACCGAGAUAUUGGCCACUGGGAAACCAUCAAUUCUGAUACCAUUGCCAACAAUUCUGGAUCACCACCAAACGAGAAAUGCAUAUAUCAUGGCUGAUAUCAUGGGAGCAAAGGUCAUCACCGAAGAUGAACUUGAUUCUAGCAGUCUCACGUCUGCAGUUGAUGAAAUUUUUGGUGAUGAAAAACUAAUGGCAGACAUGUCUCAGAAGGCACUAACUGCAGCCCGACCAAAUGCUUCAGCUAAUAUAAUCCGCCACAUAUGUUCAUUGAUUGGUUCACCUUACCCAUCAUGA